AUGACAAUGGACGUAUCCUCCAUUAAGCUCUCCGACCUCCUCCACCACCCCGACGAUCUCGACAAAAUCCCCGCCCUAAAACUAGAAUAUACACGCAAGAAAUCCGCCGUCGAUUCACAACUCCGAUCUGGUCUUAAAGAACAACUCGAAGUGACGCAGGCAGGAAUGCACGGAAUAACCGAUGGACAACGAACUGUGCAGCUUAUCAAAGACGAGAUGAUGAAGAUUGAUAAACUAUGCGCCGAAGCACAGAAUAUGAUUAAGGAUUUCCCGAAUAUCAAUCUGGUGAGCCAGACGCAUAGGAAUUUUACGGCGGUGGAAACGAUGAGGAGGAAUUUGGUGGAUUUUAAUGAGAGGUUGACAAGGGUGGAGGGAUUGCUUGAAGAGGAUGAUAGGGAUGAGGAUAACAUGGGGAAUUUGCUGGCGAUUCAUUAUGAGUUGACGCAGUUAAGGAAUAUUAGGGAUGAUGCUAUGGAACAGAUAUUGAGGGCCGAUGAUGCGGGUUUACAGGGGACGCUAGAGGAUUAUUUUGCGAGGUUGGAUGAAACGAUUGAUUGGUUUGAUGAGCAUAUUGGGAAAGUGGCUAUGAAUCUGAUAGAGGUGGUUGUGCAGGGGAAUAGUAGUUUGGUGGUGAGAUUGGCGGUGGUUAUUGAGGCGGAGGAGAAGAGUGAUACGAGGGUUUUGGCGUUACAGGAGGCAUUAAAGGAUCAUAAGGAGAUGGCGGCGAGGUUUAAGAGUAUUACGGAUGGGGCGAAGAGUACGAGGGGGUAUAAGGAGAAGUUUUUAAUGGCUAUUAAACUCAAGGCUGAUGGAGAUAUUGAAGGAACAAAACAAGCCUUUUUGGAGGAUCCGUCGAAAUUGGAGAAAGCCAUCAGAUGGUUCUUCAAUGAUCUAAAUGCGGUUAAACAGGGGAUGGUACCGCUGAUGCCGAAGAAAUGGAAAAUUCUCAAGACGUAUGGGAAGAUAUAUCAUCAGUUGAUGCAUGAUUUUCUUAUUGGCAUGAUCGACGAUCCGGAUACGAGUUCGGCGAAUAUGUUGGCGAUUCUGAAUUGGCCGGAGAAAUAUUAUACCAAGAUGAAUAAGUUGGGUUUUAAGAGAGAUGAGUUACAACCGGAAGUCUUGGAUGGGAGAGAGACUGAAUUGGUUAGAGAUUUCAGACAACUUAUCAUUAAGUUCUUGGAUCAAUGGCUUGAUCGGAUCUUCAAAACGGAGAAGAAAGAUUUCGAUGAAAGGAAUGUGGAUGGUUCGAAUCUUGAUCAGGAUGAAUAUGGAUAUUUCCGUACCAAAAACUUGGUCGAUAUGUGGCGUAUGUUGCGCGAACAGGUGGAUGCGGCGGGUAAUUCUCAAAGAAUGGACGUCACAGAAGGUGUUGUCGAUAUCAUGAUCGUACGUCUCAAGACUCGUCAACAGACCUGGCAGGAGAUGCUCGAUACCGAAGCUGCCAAAUACUUCAACGCAACUACCGAACUCGAGGGUUUCCAAGCCUUGCAGGAUUGGCUCGUCGCUACUGCCAAUGAUCAAAUUGCCUGCAUCGAUGAUAAUGAAGAUGAAGGACGAUUCGGAUACCUCACGAGCUUCCGACAAAAAUUCGAGCCGCUCGUCUCCAGCACCUAUCUCGAGCGCGUAGAUAUCGAAAUCACCAGUCUUAACGAUGGAUAUGUUGACCUGAGCACCCAUUGCAUAUCCAAAUUCGCCACGCUAAUCUUCGCCGUCGAUUUCAAAACCGUCAUGCCCGAUUUCUUCACGCCAAAAUGGUAUGCGAAUACCGCUAUGAAACAAAUGACGGUUACAUUUGAGGAAUAUAUCAAUGAUUACAAAAAUGUAUUACAUCAAUCAUUACUCGAUAUCUUCAUCGAAGAACUCGCCAUCGAACUGCUGAUCCAAUAUCUCGGCUGCGUCCGCAACAAAGGAGCGAAAUUCAAGAGAAAUGACCCCUUUACAGAUAAAAUCGUAAACGAUGUAUCAACUGCCUUUGAAUUCUUCAACGGGAAUACAUACUUGACAGCAGAGGUUCGCGAAAUCAUCAUAGCCAAAUGGGCGGUGACGCAAAACUUCCUGGAAUUGCUGGAGUGUGAGAAGACGGUAGUGCCGGAUGUGGUGGAGGGGUUUAAGAGGGAAUAUUGGGAUUUGGGGUUGGGGUGGGUGGAGGCAACGUUGAGGGUGAGGGAGGAUUUUGAUAGGGGGUUGUUGAAGGGGGUUAAGGAGAGGUGGGGGGUGGUGGUGGGGGAGGUGGAGAGGGGGGGGGAGACUAUUAUGGCGAGGGUUAAGUAG